UAAUGAGCAUGAAAUUUAAGCAAAAGGACACUGGGGGCAGGAGCAGGACAGCAAUCUGAGUUUUCUCGCUCCUCCUGAGACCACUGCCACGUGCAGCUGGGCAGCUGAGGGUGUAACACCCAGGGAAGUCACCUCAGAGGAUGUUAUGGAUCGCCUGCCUUUGGGACAGCACUUGCCAGUUAGAAGCUACAGCUCUGUGUGCACUGAAGAUGAGCUGCAUCUGCUGGGAGCAGCAGAAAGGAACCCAUGCCCAGACAGGAGCAGGUUGGCAGUGGAGAUAGUUUUCUUGGCUGUUUGCACAGGCUCCAGCCUCUUGCUAGCAUUGCAACAGUUCUCACCUGGAGUUUUACCUGUUUAUGAUAAUUGUGCACAUGUUUAUGACAUUGUGCACACAGGGCUUUUCACACGCAGCAAGGGCAGGAGUGGAGUUUGGGCUGUGCUGGCUCGGUCCCACAGUGAUGGCUGAAGCCUGUUCUGUGGCGGGUCAAAAACCCCAACAUUUCCGUCGCAGAAGCAGAGAGGACUUUUCAUCCGCACGACAGGAAAGUUGGCAACUUAAAUGUUAAACUUGCCUGUGAUUGUUGGGUGUUGACAUCAUCGUGAUCUCACCGCUGUAACCGGAGCCCUCCAGCUUUUCCUCCAGCCUGCCUUUAAAUACCGGCCCUGGAGCCAGCACAGCACGCGUUCCUCCACUGGAGCCCGGGCCAGAGCCGGCAGAGCCCACGUCGAUGAAAGCAAAGCCAAGCUCCAGCGCUCCAGCCAUGUCCACGUCGCUGCGAGUGAGCCCCUCGGUGCACGGCUACCGCUUCGACACGGCCCUGCGCAAGAAAGCCGCGGCCAACAUCUUCGAAAGCAUCAACGAGGCAUCCCUGCAGAAACUCUUCAAAAACUCCGGGGACAAGAAGGCGGAGGAGAGAGCCAAGAUAAUCCUCGCCACCGACCAGGACAUGGAGGAAAAAACGAGAGCACUAAUGGCACUAAAGCAGAGGAGAAAAGACAAACUGCUGCAGUUCCUGACAUUUCGGAAAUACUCAAUUAAAGUUCACUGAACUGGCGGAGGCAGAGGAAACGGAGAACAUUUUGUGACGGGACUGUUUGAGACCUCCUGCCACACUCGGCAUGCUCCGCUGCCCCGUGGGCCUGGGGACCUGACAGUCCACGCACCACGCGAGCCGCGAGCGGCGGCGGCAGCAGCGGUGCCCAGGGCAGGACCGGUGCCCGGAGCAGCAGCGGUGCCCAGGGCAGGACCGGUGCCCGGGCACAGCACUGUGCACAGCGGCAGCAGCGGUGCCCAGGGCAGGACCGGUGCCCGGAGCAGCAGCGGUGCCCAGGGCAGGACCGGUGCCCGGGCACAGCGCUGUGCACAGCGGCAGCAGCGGUGCCCAGGGCAGGACCGGUGCCCGGGCACAGCACUGUGCACAGCAGCAGCCUGGUGGCCAGAGGCUCGCAGGGAGCGAGCAGCUCCCAGCUGGAGGCGGACGAGCUCCUCCGGGCAGCCGAGCAGGGGCAAAGCCACACACCCGGCUGUGACUCGGGACCUCCUGAUGGACUUGGUGCUCAGAGACUUGCGCCGGGUGCUUUGCCUCUCCAGCCUCGUUGCCCUAAAGCUUGAGGCCGUGCAGAGCCCCGGUGCCUGGCGGGGGGCUCUGGAGGCCGGUCGGCUGCUGGCCACGGUCCCUUUGCAUCGGUUAAAUGCACCCAAAUGCAGCGUGCGGUGCAGUAAGUUCAGCCGUCCGGGAACGCAUUUGCAGCAGAGACACUGCACAACUGUGCCUUUCCUUCCCAAGCUGUGUGUGCAGGAAAAGUCGUUUGCACUGAAGCAAUAAUAAUGACAGAUUUCCCUGAAUUUACUGUGAAGUUCCCUAAUAUUAUGGUCACUUACCACUAACACUAAAAUUCUAAAUAUAAUAUCUGCAGUUCUUUUCUGUGUAGGUUACAGUCACUAUUAGAUGAGUACUUACUUCAUGGCAAUAUUUUAUGACAAUGUUAUUAUUAUAUCGGCUAUAAUUUAUUGCAUACAGUGAUGUGAAAACUAAUAAAUUAUGAAGGAAAUAUAAAUUAUCUUGUCUGAA